CCCAAUCCCAAUCCCAAUCCCAACAUCCACUGAGAAGAGAGCGAAAAGGGCAGCAAGAAGGAAUAGAAUAUUAAUUAUUGAUUUUGUGUUGGAAUUCAAUCCGUUCAUCAACAAUUUCUUUGAAAAUAAGAUCCAAAUAAUGGAAGGGGAAAGAGAUGAGCAGCUGAUCUUUCAUCCACCCUCCACAAUUUAUCAUCAUCUCCAAAUCUCUGCACCUCCUAAUCCCCACCAAGAAAUGGGGUUUCUACACUUCGAUGAUCAUGAUAACCACCUCCUGAACUUCUUGCCCACCCCCUCGCCGCCCCUACACCAGAUAUCUCCGCCCCUUGCCGGCGGCGCCACCACCAUCAAUAAUACAGCUGCUUCCUUAGGGUUCACUCAUGAUCAUGAACUUUUGAAUAGACCUUCAUGGAGUAACGACCAGCAGGUAGCAGCCCUGCAGGAUCCCAAGACUGUAAAUGAUGAAAAUUGCAAACUCGACGAAGGCCAUUCUUGGUGGAGGAGUUCGUCUUUGGAAAAGAACAAGGUUAAGGUAAGGAGAAAGCUGAGAGAGCCAAGGUUUUGUUUUCAGACAAAGAGUGAUGUGGAUGUACUCGACGAUGGCUACAAAUGGAGGAAAUAUGGACAGAAAGUUGUCAAGAAUAGCCUUCAUCCCAGAAGUUACUACAGAUGUACGCAGAGCAACUGUCGAGUGAAGAAAAGGGUAGAGCGGCUGUCGGAGGAUUGCCGGAUGGUAAUAACAACCUAUGAAGGCAGACACAAUCACUCUCCAUGCGACGACUCCAACUCCUCCCAACACAACUCUUUCACCUCUUUUUGAUAAUAUAUAUAUAUAUAUAUAUAUAUAUA